CAUACAAUUCUUUGAGAAUGUCGGUUACCAGUGGUAUCACUGCUCCGGUUCAACUAUGUCGAAGAUUGUUUGGUGAACCUGUAUCAUGUAUACGUAUUCAACAAACUUUAGAAACAAUUAUACGUAAAGAUUUAGAUCGUUUCCAAAAUAAAUGGAAUUUCCAACCAUCUAAAAUUGUAUCGGAGAAUAAAAUUCGGAAGCCUCUUUCUGUUCAUCAAUUGCACAAUGGAAAUUUACAAAAUAAUUCUACAAAUGAAUUCAUUUUGGAACCUGUUCAAUCACCUCCAAGUUUCUACAUAAAAUCUCCACGAAAAUUAAAAGCAUUUCGACGUCUUCCAAUGUCAGUAGCCCAAAAAACACGUAUGGAACUCAGUAAAAAGUCUGCAAACGAUGAACUUGCACAAUUCACUUAUUCAUUUACUCCAUCAUAUAACUUGUCUAAUAUUGAUAAUUCAUUAAAUGACCAUCAGAAAUCUGAACUAAACUUUCCUUUAACAACAGAAUCAAUUAAUACAGUACCAUCUAACCAACCACCGCCAACAUCUUCAUCAACACCAUACAAAGUAAAUUGUACAUCACAGCUAACUAACAAAUCAUCAACGGAAACCGCAACAAUAACAACAACAACAACAUUACCUGUCACUCCAAUUAUCAUCCGUUCAGAUAAUAAUAACAAUAACGCAAUGUUACCAUCAAGUUCCAAUUCUACUUCUCAACAUCCAAUUAAAUUAAUAAAAUCAGAACGAUUAAGUUUGAAAAAAUCUGGGCCUAAAGUAACAGAUUAUUUUGCUGUUAAAAGACGACGACAGACAAUGAAAUAAUUCACAUGAAGUAACAAUAAAGAAUAUCAGUCAACUGAAUAAUGACAAAAGUAGGAUGAAAAAACGUCUUUUCUCUGUCCCUCUCAAUAUCCAUAUCACGAUGGGAAAAAAAACAAACACAUUUUUUAUUCAAUAAAAAAAACACACACACAACACAGAUUUAUUUCUUUCUCUGUCCCAUUUAUUCAUUAUAUUUUUUUCCCUUCCCUAUUCUAUUCCUAUUAUAAAGUAGUUAUAUAUUAAACAAUACAGAUUUUAUUAUGUACUAUUAUUAUUAUUAAUUAUUAAUAUUAUUAUUACCA